AUGGUGGGUGUGACCGAUGUGUGGCUUAGCCAAGGUCACCGUUGGCCCAACUUCUAUCGUUACCUAAAGCUUUGCGAGUCAUACUCAGAAAGAGUCUUCACCUCUGAUUCCGACGUUGUUAUAGCAUUUGCAGGUGCUGCCACUUUACUUGCAAAGUCGUUCCCUGGUGGCAUACUGUACGGACUUCCUGUAAUAUUCUUUGAUAUUGCACUUCUAUGGAAUUAUUCCGGGUCCGCAUGCGCGAAAAGACCGUGGGAUGCGACCAGCGAUGAGAGCAACCGACCGCCGAGUUGGUCAUGGAUGAGCUGGCGCGGACGCUUGGACACGAUUAACCAGGCUCAUGUUUUUGAAGGAAUGGCAUGCGCGGAUGACCCUGAAGAGAUUGUAUACAACAUACCAUCAACAGUUGUCAUUACUCCACUUGUUCAAUGGUACUUCACUGGCGUAGGAGGCGCACAGAUUGCGAUUGCGAACGAAUACCACAAGUACAAGCAUUUCGCACAAGAUGGCGAAAGUGCCCCGCCUCCCGGAUGGAUCCGAGCUGAAUCUUCAUCUAGCAGCUCUGAUUCGGAGAGAGAGAAUGUUUACAUUACACCAGCUGCCCCUAGGUUCGAAUUUCGUUUCCCAAUCCCACUCGUGGAUUCGUCGUGCUCAGAGAUAACGAUACCGAUGCCUAUUUCGAAUCGAAUCACAUGUCAGGCUGAGCACGCCUACUUCUACUUACGUCAGAUCAAGCCCAUAGGUCAUCUUGAGCCCAUACUUUUGCACAUCCUUGACACCAUGAGGGAAUCUUCAGGUGUCAUCCGCCUGCCUGGGGACUGGCAUGAAUCACAUCUUGAGACCGAGAUGGGAGUCGAACUGAUCGCAAUUUCGACCGAGAGUAGAGCGAAAUAUGAACUCUAUCACGAUGACUAUUUUCCUCGGGAACAUCGUAAGCCUAACGGCAUAUGGGACCUCUACAACGUCCUUUGGAUUGAAUGGACAGACGGUGUCGCCUACAGAAAAGCCGUUGGUCAGGUCACGAAAGCAGCAUGGGAAGCAGCUGACCGGGAGCUCAUCGAUGUCGUACUUGGUUAA